AUGGCACCUCUCAGGUCGGCAGCAGCUCAGUGGUCGUGGCAGCUGCAGAUCUCUCACAGAUUACCUUUUGAAAAGGAGAUUUACUACAUUCAGCACUCCAUGCUUUACUUGGUACCCAUUUAUCUCUUCAGGAAAGGGGGUGUGUAUACACCUGAACCUCUUGGAGAUAUGUGGUGGGCUCUCUUAUCAACUGGCAUCUUGUUCCUUUACCACUUUGUGUUUCUACAAGGCCUUGGAAUGAUGACGGAAGUCAACUUGAAUAACAUGCUGUGUCCAGCUGUGUCAGAUCCUUUCUACGGCCAAUGGUACAGAGUUUGGGCCACUGGCCAUCAGACCCUUCUAACUUUGGCUCACGGCAAAGUGCUCACAUUGUUUGCUCAACAUACAAUCCCAAUGUGUCGCUACUUCAUGGAUAGUACCUGCCUUCGAAGCAAGAAGGUUGAUUGAGCACUGAUUCUCUUGUACAUGAGUACAUGUUCAUCAUACCCAAAUCAUGUAAUCUAUCGUUUAAUCCAUAGUCAGAAUAUAUUCCUAGAUGUCCUCAUAUCAGUUUUAAUGGGUAGUUCAUUCUUGUAUGUUUGUGUGUGUGCACCAGUAAUGAUGCAAAACUUGCCAAAUAAAUUGUCUUUUUCAUGCAUACUUUUUCAUGUAUACAUCUGAAGUUUGACUUUGGUGAACGCUGUUCACGCUGUUGAACGCUGUUGGCUCUUGUUCUUUUAUCCUAAUGAUGCCUUCAUUAAGUGUAGUCAUGGUAUAGCUAUCAGAGGUUUAUCCAGUGGCUUCCUUAUGUUCACUGGUCAUGGCUACAACCACAAGUGUUAAGUUUUCUUUUUUUUCUAAUGUACAGUUGUUACUUUCAGCAAUGUUUUGAAAACAAAUAAUUUUAUCUGUUUUACAUUGCACAUGAUAACAAGCACCUACAUAAAUUGUGGUAAAGGUAAAAGUAAGUUUCAAAUGUUAUUUUUUUAAUUCAUGAAAAGUGUAAAAUGUGUUGGACUACUGGGUUCUUUGAAGUGAGACCUGGAUGCUAUUGUGAAAGUCAUCAGCAUAUUCACCUGGAGUAGCCUAUACCAUGAACUGUACUACCUACAGCUGGGUACAUCAGGUAAUCAGAGUGCUGAUUAAAUUCUCACCUACCAUCAUCACCAUGAUACCAUAACCAUGGCCAGUGAAAAAAAUAAAGUUUUUUUUAAAGAGUUUAAUUUGGUGGUUUUCUCUAUAUGUUUAAUGACAUUCUAUUAGUUAGAGACUUAGGACAAAGGCAUUGUCCCCAUUGAAGUUACCUGGGCACUCACCCACACAGAUUCUUAAUAUCUUGACUUUUUUGAUUCUUAAUAUCCUGACUUUUUUAGAUGCUAUUUUGAUUAUUGUAUUACUGUUAUUUCUGUAAUGUGUUGUUAUUUUAUACCAUGAGUCUAACAUAAUCAUUGUUAUUAUGUCAUAUAUCAUAUCUCAUAAAGUUAUAAACCCCAA